CCACUACAAAGUGACAGCUAUGAUUGACCUAAAAGUCAAGUCCAGACAGUUAAAUAUUGCAAUUUCAGUCAUGGGCAUAGAAAUUUUGUCGAUAAUUCGCUUUUUAAUAGGCAUUCUUUGGUAAAGGGUCAAUGUAAAUAAAAACUAGAAUAUGUCAGUAGUUCGAUUAAUAUGCCAAAAUUUCAAUGUGGGUUAAUUCCUUUUGGUGUAUUUAUAUAUGUGGAGUUAUUGCUGCAUGCCAUACAGAAAUAUAUACCUACCCAUUAGAUUUAGUAAAAACUAGACUUCAAAUACAGGGAUCAUUGCACGAUUCAAUACCCGAAGCACCUAGACGGGGUAUGAUGAAAACAGCUGUGGGUGUAGUGAAAGAGGAAGGAUUUUUUAGUUUAUGGACUGGAAUCAGUGCAUUGUGGAUUAGGCAUGUGAUUUAUUCGGGUACAAGAAUAACAGUAUAUAACGAAAUAAGAGGUUUAUUUCAAAAAUACGGCUCUGAAGAUAAACUUGCUCUGUGGCAAGCAAUAAUUUGUGGAAUGGCUUGCGGUUUUGUGGCUCAAUUGUUGUCUAACCCAAUGGAUUUAAUAAAAGUCCAACUUCAAAUGGAAGGUAAAAGAAAAUUAUUGGGACUUCCACCAAGAGGAACAGGAUUUUGUAACGCUUUUAAAAGGGUAUAUAGUAUAGGUGGAAUAAGAGGUUUGUGGAUAGGCUGGGUACCUAGUUGUCUUAGGGCAAUUUUAGUUGCCAUAGGUGAUUUAACUACCUACGAUACCGCUAAACGUUUUUUUAUAAAACACUUUGGUCUUUCUGAUAGAAUUGCACUUCAUUCCUUAGCGAGUUUCAUAGCAGGACUGGCUUCAACGAUUUUAUCCAAUCCUUCUGACGUAAUAAAAUCAAGAAUUAUGAAUCAACCAGUUGACAUGCACGGAAAGGGCCUUUCAUAUAAGGGUACUUGGGAUUGCUUUAAAACAACAGUAAAAGAAGAAGGGUUUUGGGCAUUAUAUAAAGGAUUUUGGCCGACUUGGUUACGACUGGGACCAUGGGCCGUCAUUUAUUGGGAUUCGUAUGAAUAUAUUCGCAUCAUUAUUGGCGGUAAAACAUUUUAAUAACGUGUCUUUUUUUACAUUUAUAAUACAACAAAUAUUCCUAAGGACAACUUUUUUUAAUAAAAAUUAUGAUUGAA